AUGCCUGCAGAGUAUUUCGAAAUGGUGGAGGCCACGCGCCCCGAGGAAAUGCUUAAAGCGUUUCCUGAUCUCGAGCCCCUUGAGACACGCGUCUCGAGCGCGUCUUCUAAUGCGACCUCCAGCGAGGAGGACUCGGAAGUUUUCGCCGGCCACGACGAGGAGCAGAUCCGUCUUAUGAACGAGGCCUGCAUUUGUGUCGAUUAUAACGACGUGCCUUACGCCGCCGGAUCCAAGAAGACGUUGCAUCUCCAGUCCUCUAUCGACAAGGGUCUGUUGCACCGGGCGUUUUCGGUGUUUCUGUUCAACGCCAAAGGUCAGCUGCUUCUGCAGCAGCGUGCAUCCGAGAAAAUCACUUUCCCAGAUCUUUGGACCAAUACCUGCUGCUCCCAUCCCUUAGCAGUCACGUCGGAAAUGGGCGCAGAUCUUGAAAGUGCCGUUCAGGGCGUCAAGCAGGCCGCCAUUCGUAAACUCGGCCACGAACUCGGAAUCGAGCCGGACCAAGUGCCCAUUGAGAGUUUCUCCUUCUCCACACGUAUCCACUACAUGGCACCCAGUUCCGACCUCUGGGGUGAGCACGAGAUCGACUAUAUCUUGUUCUGCCACGCCGACCCAAUUGUCAAGGCAGUGCCCAACGAAGUCAAGGACUGGAUGUGGGUCUCUAAAGACGAGUUGUACGACAUGUUCAAAAAUAACAAGCUGCAAUUCACACCUUGGUUUAAACUUAUUUGCGAAACUUAUUUGUUCGACUGGUGGGGAAAACAACCACCCGCCGACGACAAGAUCAGCCGUUUGGGUUGA